CCGCAACUUUCACAUAGGUUUUUCCAAUAUCCGCACGUUUAUAAAUCUGCGGCGGGGCUUAUUACAUCUCCGUCGCCGGAACCUUCUUCCUUCGUCGGACGACACUUUCAUCGGAGCAUCUUAUUCCCAUCCCUCUGCUCUUCAAUGGCUUCUACCGCAUCAUCGGCGGCUCUAUUUUCUUCCAACCCCAUUUCAUCUAAACCCGCCGCAAUCCCCUGUUUCUCUCAAACCCUAGCUCUUCCAUCCUCCUCCCAUGGCGUCCGCAAUGCCAAGCCUCUGGUUACCCACGGACCCCGCAGCCUCUCUUCUCUCGAAACCCGUCACCGCACCAGAACCGUCGCUCGCGCUUCGAGGGGACUUCCACUGGUAGGAAAUGAGGCGCCAGAUUUUGAGGCUGAAGCUGUUUUCGAUCAGGAAUUCAUUAAUGUUAAGCUUUCAGAGUAUAUUGGGAAGAAAUACGUGAUUCUCUUUUUCUACCCACUAGACUUCACAUUUGUUUGCCCCACUGAGAUCACUGCUUUCAGUGACCGCUAUGAAGAAUUUCAGAAGUUGAACACUGAAAUCUUGGGCGUAUCAGUUGACAGUGUGUUCUCUCAUCUUGCAUGGGUCCAAACAGAUAGAAAGUCUGGGGGUUUGGGUGAUCUGAAGUAUCCACUGAUAUCCGACCUGACCAAAUCAAUUUCAAAAUCUUAUAAUGUCCUGAUUCCGGAUCAAGGAAUAGCACUGAGAGGACUCUUUAUAAUCGACAAGGAGGGAGUGAUUCAACAUUCCACCAUUAACAAUCUUGCCAUUGGCAGAAGCGUUGAUGAAACCUCGAGGACACUCCAGGCAUUGCAACACGUACAAGAGAACCCGGACGAGGUUUGCCCGGCCGGGUGGAAGCCUGGGGAGAAGUCCAUGAAAUCAGAUCCCAAGCUGAGCAAAGAAUACUUUGCAGCUGUGUGAGCAAGACAUCAAAAAAACAUGUUUUUGUUGAAUAAAGAAAUCUCAUAUUGUUACCCCGUGUUUGGUUAGGGGAUUUGGAGUGGGUUGAAUUCAUUUUUUCAUCCCUCAAGUGAAAAUUAUUGCAUUAUACGAAGUAAUUUACUAUCACCUUACCAUCAUCAUCUCCCAUCUCACACGGUAAAAAUGCAACUGUGAAUAUGUGGUAAUUC